CAACUAACAGAUUAAUCUUUUUUUUGAAGCUGGAAGCCUAAAAAAAAUUAGUGGUAUUAAAUAGAUGUGUAUGUGAACAUCAUGAUCAAUAAUUAAUAAUAUGUAUAUUCGGGAAUAACUUGCGCUGCUAUACAUUGUAGACGUGGUGUGACAGAUCUUCCCAAAUGAGUCAACUAGACCCUGUUUUGGCAAUUACUCAACUCGAUCUCUUGUUAUUCUUUAAUUUCAGCUAAUUAAUCAUCUAAAUCUCUACUUUCUAUCUAUCUAUAUUGCUUCUUCUUCUUCUCCAGGUUCUCUUCUUCAAUAUCUCAACAUGACACAAAAUUUCGACAGCAGAGCAUGGCCCUAUAUUAUUAUUAUCAGCUCCUUGUUACUCGUUUUUGCCUUUCUUGCAAAAAAAAAUAAGAAAUCUGCAACGUAUUCAAAGUUACCUCCUGGAAGAAGAGGUUGGCCCAUCAUAGGUGAUAGCAUCAGCUGGUACAAUGCUGUUGCUAGUUCACAUCCCCCCGCUUUUGUCGAGAAACAAGUUCAAAGGUUUGGCAAGAUAUUCUCGUGCAGUCUAUUCGGUAAAUGGGCAGUUGUAUCGGCAGAUCCAGCGUUCAACCGAUUUGUGAUGCAAAACGAAGGGAAACUAUUCCAGUCUAGCUAUCCAAAAUCAUUCAGAGAUGUUGUGGGUAAAAAUGGUGUGAUCACAGCACAGGGUGACCAGCAAAGGAAACUUCACUCCAUCGCCUCAAAUAUGAUGCGCCUCGACAAGCUCAAGUUCCAUUUCUUGCACGAUAUUCAGAUUGUUAUUAAACAGAUCAUCACCAAUCUCCAUCACAAUCAAGUUGUUCUUCUCCAAGAUGUUUGUAGGAAGGUAGCAAUUAACUUGAUGGCCAAUCAACUACUUGGAGUGUCGUCUGAAUCGGAAGUGAAUGAGAUAGCUCAGUCCUUCUCCGAUUUUGCGGAUGGUUGCCUUUCGGUUCCCAUUAAAUUGCCAGGAUUUGCUUAUUCCAAAGCAAUGAAGGCUAGGGAGAGUAUAAUAAGCAAGAUAAAGAGGACAAUGGAGAAUCAUAGGGUAGGGAAAUCGUGUCCAGAAAUUGGUAAUGGUGUAUUAGGAAGGCUGCUGGAUGAAGAAAGCUUACCUGAUGAGGCUGUCGGUGACUUUAUGAUAAACCUUCUAUUUGCGGGAAACGAGACCACUGCUAAAACCAUGCUUUUUUCUGUCUAUUUCCUCACACAAUGUCCCAGGGCCAUGGCUCAGCUCAUGGUAUUUAGUAUUUACACUGCAAACAUUAACAUUAAUUCUUCCAAGACAUGCACUUUGGCUUUAAUUUGUCUUGUCCCACGAAAACAGGAUGAGCAGCAGAAACUAAGGAGUGAAAGUGGAGAGAUGCUUACUUGGCAAGAUUACAAAUCCAUGCCUUUCACUCAAUGUGUAAUUGACGAAGCUCUACGCCUAGGUGGCAUUGCAAUAUGGUUGCUGAGAGAAGCCAAAGAAGAAGUUGAAUAUCAAGGUAAGUAUAGCACAUUCACGAUGACAAGAUAUUCAACAACAAUACUAAAGAUCGAAUUUGAUUCUUGUGCAGAUUAUGUGAUUCCUAAAGGAAGCUUUGUGGUGCCAUUUCUUUCAGCCGUCCAUUUAAGUGAAAAUUUGUACGAGGAUGCUCUUUGUUUCAACCCUUGGAGAUGGAUGGAACCAGAAAACGAGGAGAAGAGAAACUGGAGGAGCGGUCAAUAUUUUGCGCCAUUUGGGGGAGGGAGUAGGUUCUGUCCUGGGGCGGAGUUGGCUCGCCUACAGAUUGCACUCUUUCUUCAUUACUUCCUUACCACAUUCAGGUGGAAGCAGCUCAAGGAGGACAAGAUGUCUUUCUUUCCAUCAGCUCGAUUGGUGAAUGGCUUUCAAAUACAGUUGACUAAAAUAAACAGCUGAAAAACAAUGUCGAGGAUAUAUGAUUUGUGAACUUAUCGAGAGCCUAAGUAAUGUUCUCGGUCGGAUUUACACUUGUUUUUCAAAUACAAAAAAUAAUCAUCAUCUGUGAAUUGAUGAUUGCUAUUAGACAUGGAAA